AUGCGUUUCUCAUCAUAUGCUCUCCCCGCUUUGGCGGCCAACUUGGCUGCUGCCUUGCCCAGACCUCAGGAUAUCGACCUUGAUAUGGUCCUGGCCGCCCCGGAUCCGACCUACUCCGAAGCUACCGGUGCCACUGCUCAGACAAUCACCGUCGACCCUGCGGCCCUCAUUGCUUCAGCCACAGCUGCCGUCUCUUCUGUCAGCGUUGAAAUCAGCGAUGUUCUGUCCGCGACUGCUGUCGUCUCCAAGAGAGCGGCUACCCCCACCACCUGUGCUCAGCAGCCUGCUGGAGCCAGCUCCGCACCUACCUACGCACCCGGAGCCGACACUGACAAUCUUUCUGCCUUCCGGGCAAACACUUACUACUCUUCUGUCGCUGCUGCUGCGGCGACUCCCUCUGGCUAUACCCAGUCAUUCCAGGCCCAAACAGCUUCCAACAAUGCAUUCGGUUACAUGGGGUUUGAUACAUUCGACACCUACGACGUCGCUAAAUGCGCAUCCCAAUGCACUGCCAAAUACGGCUGUGUCUCGUUCAACAUUUACUACGAACCUAACUCGUUGCAGNUCAACCCCGACGACUCGUCCUGUUCGAAUCCUGCUUCGGUUACCAUGAUCAAAUGCGUGUACUGGGGUGGCCAAGUCACCCAGGACAAUGCCCAAAACUUCGGCCAGAAGCGUGGUAACUUUGACGUCGCUAUUGCGGGCUCAAACGGUUACAUCACCACCCAAAUUUCUACCCCUGCUGGUUACCAGAUGGGCGUUCCCUACGGCAAGUUCGCCAUCAACGCACCUUAUGAUGCCCAGGGUUACAACACCUAUAUGGGAGCCAAGAUCUUCACUGGAACAUGGGACGUCUCGCAGUGCUCCAACUACUGCGAUGCCCAGACCAAGUACAACCUCGCCACAGCUCCUAAGGACGGCACUCCUGCCAAGGUCUGCAAGUUUUUCAACACUUACCUUCUGCAGGCUAAGUUGGCCAACGGUACCAUUGUUCCUCAAGGCCAAUACUGCUCGCUCUACACUGAAGCUUGGUCCAAAACUUACGCUGUGAAUGGCGGACAGUGGAGAGGUCAGGAUCAGUACACUGUCGACUACAGCUUCGGCUACUCCAAGACCGCCAGCUCCUCUGAUAUCGAUCCCACCGUCGGAGAUGCCAAUGGCGCCAAGUACCAAGCUGUUGCCGACAUCAAGUGGAACUCUCUCCAGCCUUACUGUUCCACUCUACUUGGAUACACCACCCCAGUCACCACAGUCACCACCACUACCACCACCACACCUGUGACUACCGUCGCUUCCGUCACAACUGUCACUUCAAUCUCUCAGAUUGUUAGACGCCAGGCCGUGGCGACUGCUGUAUACCCAGUCACUGAUAUAUCAUUCGACGGCGUGAUUACUCUUCACGGUGGCGCUAUGGUAACGCAAGAUCUCAGCACGUCCGCUGCUGUCAACAAGCGUGCUGCUACAACCUCAACUUCCACCCCUGCAGAUCUCAAGAAGUAUCCUGCCACAAUCGUUGCAUCCGCAUGUAGCCUUCAAGCCUCACCCGUGACAUCGACGUCGACGAUCUAUGUUGCCACCACUGUCGCUGGACCGGCGAACACUGCUGUCCAGGUCUCAACGACAACAGUGGUGUCCUACUCCAUCACAAGCGGAUGUCCCACAGCAACAGCGUCAGCCGCUUCGGGUGGUAACCAAUACAAGCGAUAUUUCUAUGGAUCAGGACUCCGUGAGAACACAAAAACCCUGGAAACAGCAUGCCCAGCUCCUCCCCACCACAUACCAUCUUGGUACAACUCGUUCGAUCUCAACAAGCUGGCAUCAACUGGCAACUGGGAAUGUGUUGCAUACUACGACGCCAACGCUGAUGGAUCGUACUUCAGUGUCGUUGAUCCUGAUGUGGAGGCUUCUUACGGAUAU